UCACAAUACAUGUAGAUGUAGUUGAUCAGGAGACAACAACAAUAACAUAGGUAAUAAUAAUAACAACAAUAACCUUGGUGACAACGACAGAAUAACAAUGAAAAGACAUACAAUUUGUACAAUAUUUUUUUUCACAUUUCUGAUAAAUGUCAUACUUGGUGUAAAAAGGGAGCAAGAUGGACCAGUUGUCACAAUCAACAGUGGAAAAAUACAGGGUGUCUCAAAACCAGGAUUGGAUGUUUUUUAUGGUAUACCUUAUGCUGCUCCACCCACAGGAGAACUCAGAUGGAAGAGGCCACAACCAGUAGCAGAGUGGGGAGAGACAAAUACCCGAAUGACAAAAACACGAACUUCAGCCUGUCCACAAGAAAUCAUGACUGUUGGACUUUGCAGCUUGGGUUUUUGUCCAAAACAAGUAUCAGAGGACUGUCUCCACAUGAAUAUAUUUGUUCCUCAACAGACAAACAACAAUAUGAAUGCCACUUUAACAUAUGCAGUAAUGGUAUUCAUCCAUGGUGGGGCUUUUGAAUCUUUUGCGGGAACAAACAAGAUGUUUGAUGGAGACUCUAUAGCUAAAGAAGGAAAUGUGAUUGUAGUCACGUUCAACUACAGGCUGGGGUUGUUUGGGACCUUCUACACUGAAGGUACAACUGAAGAUGGGAAUUUUGCACUUUUUGAUCAGCAAAUGGCGCUAGAAUGGGUCCACACAAACAUACAUCACUUCAAAGGAGAUCCAAAUAAGGUAACAAUUGUAGGGCAAAGUGCAGGAGCUCAAUCCGUUGGAUUCCACCUUACAAACCCAAAAUCAAGCGACUUCUUCUCGCAAGCCAUAAUAAUGAGUCUACCAGCUGUUCCGUUUAAAACACUACAACAAGCCAUGGUGGUAUCAAGCAUUAUUGCGACACAUGUAAAUUGUACCCCAGGAGAUUUUGUAUGUCUUCGCGCUACCCCAAUGGAGCAGUUGAUCGAUGUUGUGCAUGACAACCGCAAGCAGAUAACGGAUGCAGUUGUUGUCAGGGCCAAUGGGACAGCAUUGGAUACAUUUGAAUUGUUUACACCAUACAUUGAUGGUGAUCUGAUUACAGAGAGAAGCAUGGUUGAUAUCUUCCAGAAUGCACCACCAUUGAAACCUGUUAUAUAUGGAACUAUGGGACAAGAGGCAAUCUCUUAUAUAGGUCCCUAUAUAUCAAUGCUGAAAGAUGUUACUCCCUCGGCGGCUCUUGCUGUACUAAAAGGAAUAGAUGCAAUACCAGAUAUGACAAGGGAUGCUCUAAAAGGCUAUCUUGCAGGGUCUAAUGACACAAUUGAGGUGGUUGAAAAACUAGGGAAUGACUUAUUGUUCAGAUGCCCAGCGCGUAAACUUCUCGAAUUCACCAUAAAGGCAGGAAACCACGAAGUCUGGUUAUAUCAGAACAUGAAUUCGAUAUCUUCAACAGGCCCAAACCUGACUGCUGAUGCUUGUAACAAUCAACCUUGUCAUGGUAGCGAUCUGGCGUACCUUUUCAAUGCAUUACACCAUAUACAGCAAAACGUCCAAAUCAAGUUUGGAUCUGAUGAAAAACAAGUGUCAAGGGAUUUAAUUCAAUACUGGACAAAUUUCAUUAAAUUUGGAAAUCCGAAUGGUGAAAUGGGUAGUCAUGUAUCGUGGCCUAUGUAUGAGCUUAAUAAUGGUAAAAAGAGUUUAUGUUUGAAUGUGAAAAAUAAUAAAAUUGAAGAGAAUUCUGGUGGUAGUCUAUGCGAUGCAUUAGACCCAUAUCUAUAAGCAUUAUUAACUCUGGGACCAUAAUUGGUAUUAUCAAAUUAGCUGUAUGUUUACCCAUGAUAUUAAACUCAUAAUUAAUAUAUCGAUGAUAAUAAACUAGAACAGAUUUUCUGGAAUCUUAUUAAAUUUUACAUGUCAGUAUUCCAGACACCCUCAAAUGUACAAUUUAUAUGCAGAUAACAUUUACCUUAUACUAAAUUCUACACAUGAUCAAUUUCAUUUUGGGUUAUGUAUUCUCUCUAAUAGAUACCCAUACUCCAAUAACGUAUCCCCAGGGAUUUUGUCAUCUCCUACAUGAGGAGAGAGACUAGAUGGCCACAAUAAAGGUUACGCAGAAUGCCCAAAAACAAUCAGUUCUAGACUU